GGGAGCGGCCGGAGCCUCACUCCGUCGCUGGACGUGGCACGAGCACCGUCUCGCUCCUCCGACUCUUUGUCUUAUUACUCUUGGUGAUCAUGCCCGACGACGAGGGAGAGAAGGUGGUGGAGGUGGCUGAGGACGUGGGCCACGCCUACGGGGACUGGUUCAAGCGGUACAUGCGUCUCUUCUGUCGCCGGGCCCUCGAGUGGUUCAUGGUGUUCAUGUUCGGCUAUUACAACGUGAGCUUCGGCUGGCUGAUGGCGCCUCUCUUCUUCCUGGUUCUGAGGGACAAGAGAGCCAAGGAGAAGCAGGUGAAGUUUGACAUCAUUCGAUCGAUCGCCAACACUGACGAGAAGGAUAUACUGCAGGAGAUCCAGCGGUUCUCCAACCUGCCGUCAUGGGUGAAUAAUUCGUCAGCUGUGGCCCUAUGCUGGUCAUUAUGUUAAAGAUCUAUGCAAAUUUUCCAUUGAACCCAGCAUGCGUACUGCCUUUGAAGAAUACAAGCUCAAUAAUUUUAAAUUUGAGAAGAUCAUUCUUGGAGACACACCUCCAAGGUUUUCUGGAGUUAAGGUGUAUGAUGACACUUCACGCCAUGAAAUAAUCAUGGAUAUGGAUUUUGCGUAUGCUGGAGAUUGCAAGUUUGAAGUAAGCGUCUCCAAGUUCAAGAUGGGCAUCAAGGACUUACAGAUCUCGGGAAGGAUGCGCGUAGUGAUGAAGCCGCUGGUUAGACAAAUUCCCCUCGUUGGUGGCCUGCAGUUAUUCUUCCUCAACAACCCAGACGUUGAUUUCAAUCUCAUUGGCCUUGCUGAUGUAUUUGAUAUGCCUGGAUUAAGUGACAUCCUGAGAAGUAUCGUGAUAGAGCAGAUUGCACACAUGAUGGUGCUGCCUAACAGGUACCCCAUCCAACUGGUCCAGGACAUAGACACUGCAGAGCUCAAGUGUCCAUCUCCAGCUGGCGUCCUUCGAAUCAAUGUCAUAGAAGCCCAUAAUCUGAUGAAGAAAGAUGUUGGCAUUAUGGGUAUGGGUAAGUCUGAUCCGUACUGCAUCUUACGUUUGGGUGCCCAAAAGUUCCAGACCAAGACCAUCAACAACACUAUCAACCCCAAGUGGGACUACUACUGUGAGGCAUUAGCAAAUGUGAUUCGAAGACAACAUGUGACUAUAGAGUGCUGGGACUAUGACUAUAGUCCUCUCAAGUCUUAUGAGAAUGAUGACUUUUUGGGCAGAGCAAAUCUGGAUGUUCACGACAUCUGGAAGAGUGGCGAGCUGGACAUGUGGGUGCCACUCUCGGAUGCCAAGUCUGGUCGUAUACAUGUCCGAGCUACUUGGUUAGACCUGAAUGAUAAUGCAGCAUCCUUGGAACUGCAACUAGAAGAAAUCCGAGCCCUGCAGACAACGACCAAGAAUCCACUGCAUGGGGCUGUUCUCAUGGUGUGGGUUGACUCGGCUAAGAAACUUAAUCCGUCACAUAAGACCAUCCCUGAUCCGUUUGUGCGGCUGCAUGUUGGCAACACUCAGCAGGAGACGUCUGUCCGUCAGCGCACUAACGAUCCAGUGUUCGAGGAAGGGUUCACUUUCCUUGUGAGAAACCCACGUACACAGGAACUGAAAAUUGAGGUCAUUGAUCAUAAAACAAGCCAAAUACAGGGUAAGAUCGAGUUGGAUCUGAAUGUGUUGCUGAAGGAACGUAAUCUGGAGGUGAAGAAUGAAGAGUACACACUGAGUGGUGCGAGCGGUGGCCUGGCGUCUCUCAAGCUUACAUUAACUCUCAGGAUCCUGAAGACAGCCCUCAAAAAAGAUGAUGGGGACGGUGGUCCAAAGGAAAAGGGUGAGGCUGAAAUAGAUUCCUCUACUCCUGCUGCGAUCUCUGAACCCCCUCCACCCACUUCCCCGUCAACAGUCCCAGAGCCCCCCCUUGCUUCUCUCCCAUCCAAAGAAACCCCCAGCAAUUCUGUUCCUGAGAAAAAUGCUGCCCCCAUAAAGGAAGCAGAAAAGAGUGAAGGCCCAGGAGUGGUUGCAGAUGCUGUGGCUCCAGUUAAACCUGAGCGGAAGGCGAGUGAACCAACUGUAGUGAAGACCAUAGAUGAGGUUAUGUCGUCUGCAGCAUCUCCACUCAUGCACAUGGCACCGUCUCUUAAAAUUACUGAAGAUUGUGACCUCAGACAAAGAACAAAUGUGGCCGGCAUCCACGGAAUAGGUCGCAUUGAGUUGACUGUCAAGUAUGGACCUCGCAGCAACCUAGUUAUUGUUGUUCACCAAAUUUCAAACCUGCCAGUUGAGGAAGAUGGAGAGCUGCCAGACCCAUAUGUGAAACUUUAUCUUCUUCCUGAUCGCUCCAAAGACAGUAAACGUAAAACAGAUGUGAUUAAAGACAGCUGCAACCCUAAGUAUGAUGAGCGGUUUGAGUAUUCCAUUCCUCCAAAUGAACUGACACGGCGUACACUAGAAGUAAAUAUAAUCAACAAGAAGGGACUUUUAUUCUUGCAACGAUCACCUAAAAUGGGACAGGUCCACCUAGACUGCGGGCUUCUGGAUGCAGAUAAGGUGACUCAGUGGUAUGAUAUUGCUCCAGCCACAGACGAGGAUGAUGAGUGAGGAAGGCGAAGUGUGCUGAGCCGAGUAGGAAGUUGGAGGGGCAGUCUGCGUAGAAUGACCAAACUAGCUGAUCUAGCUAAGGGUAAGAAGAAAAAGAAGAAAAUGUGAUGAUUCAUGUAACCACAAACCAAUUGUAAAACAGUACCUUUUUCAAUUAGUUCAUGAGCUUUGUCAGUUUCAUAUGAUCCAUUUGUAAUUAUGCGCUUAUUGAUUCACUUUUUUCUUCUGAAUUAAGUUUAGAGAUUAAUUGCACAUUUACUUUUUUUUAAGAUAGCCAUAUAUUUUAAACUCUUGUUUUGUGGUAUAGUUUAUCACCUCUGACAUACAUAAAUGUGUUAACGUUUAUGCGUACUGUACUUAAACUCGUGAAACCGAUUGGGUGAAACAUGAUUCAGGGGAAAAUGACAUCUAAUACAUCACUGAUGAGAGACGGCAAAAGCAUUUCAGCAUUGGGAUAAUUUUGUGCAAUUCCUGGAAUGAGGUGACACACCUGGCCAGCACACUUCGUAACUACGAUCGGAGAAUGUUCUCAAGGAGGAUAUGAAAAUAGGAAAUCUGCUCUCUAUUCAUACAUGUGUAUUGAAUAUUGGACCAUACAUUUUAAAUUGGAUAUAAAAAUUGAACGUUCUAGAUAUUGCUGUAAUAUCAGAGUUUAUGAUAGUUUUAGGCGAUGUAACUAGUACCAGGUAUGAUAGUUUCUAUCAAAAAUCAUAAAUGUAUAUUUAGAUGUUGGAAAAAUCAUUUUUUUGUAUUGUUUAAAAUUUAUAUGGUGUGGCCUUAAGUAGUGUUUGUCAGUCCAGGAUUGUUGUUUUGCCAUAGUCUGCAGCAUAAAAGGCAGUGCACAAAUAGAUCUGCUUCAGUAAAAUGCAUAUGUUAAAAGUAUUUAUAGUCAAUAUUUUUGUUGUUGCCACAUAUAUUUUCAUGUACAGUUAGUCCUGCUUCAUCCAUGUUGAAGCAGCUUUUGGCACAGGUUUUUAUAUUAAUUCAUAUUACCCCAUUGGUGAGGUUGUGUGUAGAACAUAGUAUGUAAGUCACACAUUAAUAUUUUUGGAUUGUGUGUUCAUAUGUGGGUAGUAAUCUUAUUACAUUAUACAAGUGUGCCAACUUGGUCCUUCGCUGGACUUUAUUUCUAAUAUUUUAAUAUUUUUAUAUAUCUUUAUUAUUUUUUGUAGGCUUUGAAUAAUAGUCUUAACCAGAAUUGGGCAAUUUCUUGUAAUUUAAUUUCUGCUAUGGACUAAAGAUGGUUUCUUGAUUCAUCUGGCAAUUACUGCUGUGGAUUCAUCUGGCAAUUACUGCAGUGAUGAAUGCCCUCACAUUAGUGAGAAAAUAACUAAUCAGUAAAUUUGCUGGUUUAUUAUAUUUCUAUAUCAAAGUAUUUAUAGAGGGGCAUAAAUGAUUUGCUGACAUCUACAAUCUUGAAAAAAAAAGCCUGGAGACCUGCAGUGGAGUGCGUACAUCAAUAAAGAAGACCAAACCACACACCAGAGGAUGAAGAAAUGAUGUUUCGGUCCAUCCUGGACCAUUAUCACAAUCGACUUGAUAAUGGUGCAGGACGGAGUGUAAUGUCGUCGUUUCUCCAUCCUCUGGUGUGUGGUUUGGUCAUCAAUUCUUCAGCCACGUUAUUGUGAGAUCUGCGUACAUCGAUAAAGGUUGGAAAAAUUAAUGGUCCAUAUGUUUUCAGUAUCCUUCUUGUAACUGACCUUCCUGCCAUAGACAAUGACAAGAAUUAUGUAUUGGCUGCACAGUAGGUGUAAAGAAUCUCUCUUUUUUACGUAAAUUUUUAAGUGGCUGCACACUUCAGUAUACAUGAAGUAAGUUGUAUUUGAAUUAUGUUAUUCUAAAGUUUUUGUUUAGUUUGGAAAAUAAUUAUAUUGUAGUUUUAGACAUUAAUAUAUGGUUUAGCAUUAUGCUAAUGUAGUGGAAAUAUUUAUUUCAUAAAUUUCCUUCUGUUAGAAAUUAAGCAAAUAAUUGUUUUCAAGGUAUUUUUUAUCCUAAAAGCAUUAUUUAUAAUUUAUAUACUGUUUAAAUAAAACUUUGGUACAGUAUUUUGUUUAAUCCUUGCUCUCUGAUAAGCAAGAUAAAAUUAUUUUAUUAUGUAUAGAUAAUGUACACUAAUUCAAAAGUGAUAAAAUAAUGUCAAAGCAGAAAAGUUUUAUAAGUUUAAAACAUAUUUUGGGAAUUGGUGCUAUAUUUUAGUUGUGUACAUAGGUACUGUGAGUGAAAGCCAUCCAUGAAUUAUAUCCACACAUACUUUGCCUUGAACGUCUAUAUACUACUACUUAUACAUUAAUGUAUGCAAUGUUGGCGCAUCACCUUUCUUAAAAAAAUGUAUAGAAAUUAGAGACAGUAUUAACAGGAAAUGCAUGGCCUUCCAAAUUCUUACAGCAUUGAUGACUAAACAUACCAAUAUAUUUAUGGAGAUACUACUAAAUAGCUCUUAUGACACUAUCAUACAGUAGUAGAAUGCUGGUAAGUAUACUCCUGCUUCUCAUACCUCAUGCACUUGACCUGACAGCCUGACACACUCUGGGGGGACAAAGUGAUAACUUAUCUGUCUGAAAAAAUUUACAGACAUGAAAAUAAUGGACUAUGACAGUAUAAGCUGGCAAGUUAAAAAUGCAUGAGAUUCCUUUGAUUUGCUCCAAAAAACUGGUCUUAUGAAUGCAUUGUAGGACAGGAGAUUUAUGUCUUGCUAUCUGGCCUCUUCUAAGAUCUCCUAAAUCUUAAAAAAAAAAAAGUUACAUACAUAUGUGUGUACCACAAAAAAAUUAAUACAUGAUGGAUAAUAUGAAAAUGUAUGACUUAAAGAGAAAAUGCAACAAGAAAUUAUUUGAGUGCUUCUGUGUUAAUACUUUUGAUGUGUUGAUUAACACAAAAGUGCUUAAAUAAUUUCCAGUUUUAUUUCCCUUCAUGGUUAUAAAUUACUGUACAGUACCAUUAUAUAUAUAUAUAUAUAUAUAUAUAUAUAUAUAUAUAUAUAUAUAUAUAUAUAUAUAUAUAUAUAUAUAUAUAUAUAUAUAUAUAUAUAUAUGUAUGUAAUUGUACUGUAAUUUAUUUAUUAUGGAUUUCUUGCACAUUUCUAUACAGAACUGUACAUGGAAAGUUCAGGUGUUUAAUGCCUUCUCAGUGCUGUGAAUUAUUAGGUAGCUUGACAGACAACUCUAUAUAAAUUUAAAGUAAGAUCCAAUAGGAAUAAGUACUGUAGCUUCAGCAUAGAUAUUAAUGUUAGUAUAAAUUUUGGGUUAGGAUUAAAGAAGCAUACAUGGUCCUAAAAACUACAUGUUAUAUUGUAGUAAUAUUAUAAAUUGGCAAGCACUAAUAUUGUGUAAUGUGUGUGUGUGUGUGUGUGCGUGCCUCUGGGAGAGGACACACAGGUGCUACACCAUAAUACACUUUUGCUUAACUGGGACACCCGUGAUUUUUUCAGUUUUGUCGGUGCUCAGUGCUUCCUGUAUAGUGUAAUAAUGGUUGAUCUUCAUUAUUUAUAGGAUAACAAAGAUCAUGAAUUUUUAUAUAUAAUUAUUACAGCUGCCACAGUUUACCAGAAAUGUAUGUAUACAUUAUUAAACAGCCAGAAUACAUUGCAAUUACUCUACUAUAGAAUUAUUAUUGAGUAUGCUUAAUACAAGAUAUUAUCUAAUGGUAUUAUUGUGAAAUACAGUUCCUUAAAAUAAGCUAGUGUAUUAUGCUUUUGCAUAACGUGUAUUUCAAGAUGUAAAGCAUCAGCUUCAUUAAUGAGGUAGCCAUUAGUACUAACUGAAAGUUAAUGGUAACUGAGAACACUUGAAAUGUAUAGGACAGGGAAGAACCUCUGUACACAGCACAUAUUCAUUGUCAUUGUACUUGAUGUAUGUAAACAACAGCAAUGCUGGUAUCAAAAUGAUAUUUAGAUUUGUAUCCAGAUACAACAGAAAUGUUUAAUUUUAGCCCACAAUGAAAAUUGUUGUUUUUAUACAUUAUAUCUGUUAUGGUGCUCUAAUGUAAUACAUUUAAUCCUCUCAUAAAGUUUUCUAAAUUAUAUAAAUCAUGACAUUAAAUAUUUUACAUGUUCCUCAUUUCAUAAAAAAUAAACUGUCCCAUUUCAUAAUUAUUGUAAUGGUGAAGGUGAUUAUUGAUCAUUUAAUAAAGCAAACCAAAAUAA